AAUCAAUAAUAUUCGGUUGUUUUUCUUCAAGGGAUCUUUUUUUUUCACUCAAUAUUAUCGAAAAUUUAAAAUUCUUUCGAAAGGUGAAUAUUAUUAAUAUAGAUGAUUAUUAAUCUAGUUAAAUGACCUUAAACAUCCAAGUGUCAACUGCAAUCGACCGGCUGUAAUUUUUUGUCCAUCACUUCAAAUACAAUGGGUAAAAGUAUCGGCGUUUUUUAAUUUCGAAUAAUGUCCGAAAAAAAUUCAGAAAAUCCCAUUCUGCACGUCUUGGUUAUCGGAUUUCAUCACAAAAAAGGAUGUCAAGUCGAAUAUGCUUAUCCACCAUUCAAGAACAAUGAAGCCGGUGAGCCUAACGAAUGCCCGAUAGAGUGGAAACAUUUGCCUUGUCAAGCGUUACCUGACGGAUCUCAUAAUUUCGAUGAAGACACAGCUUACUUUCAUUUGCCGAGCUUACAAAACCCUAAUGAAACCAUAUACGGCAUAUCGUGCUACCGGCAAAUCCCAUUAGAGAAAAUUAUCAAUCGCACUCCUGAUAUGACGAGGAGUACAAUUCAAAAAUCAGUGUGCGUGCUCAGCACGUUACCCUUGUAUGGUCACAUUCAAGUGAAAAUGUCCUUAAUCACCCACGCAUAUUUUGAAGAGGGAGAUUUUAGUAAAAUAACACUUUUACAUGAUACUUACCACCAUCUCAAUGCUUGUUUGUCGAGCAUUGAAAACAUCAGUACCAGUCCUCAUCUGUUUGUUGGUCUAUCUGCCGUUGAACUAGUCACGAAGUUCAGGCACAAAGUCGUUUUGUUGUUCAAAUUAAUGUUGCUGGAACGUAAAGUUUUGUUUUUUUAUUCUCCCGUUCGUCCACUAUGUUCUACAAUACUUACGUUGUUAUCACUGCAUCCCGGACUCGUUGAAAAUGGUCUCAAAAAAUCUGCUACCGUCAAGCCUACACAUUCUACAGCUGUAGUGUUUUCUGUAGAACAAGAAGAGGUUGUUAUUCCUAUCGUGUCGUCCAAACUGCAAAAGAAUAAUAUUCCAAAUACUUCUGUCUCUGAAAAUAUAUUACUGAGUAGUGAUACCAUAGACGACGAUAUGGUACAUGUAAGUAGUUUUGCUUGCAACAUUCCUAGAGACCCUAGUAUCGAUUCGUUGAAUGAAGCCGCCAUGCAGUACAACAUGAUGAGUAUCGCUCAGAUAAAUUCAGCCGAUUGUGCAGUUCCUUUGUCAAUAUUUGAUAAUGGUAAUAUUUGUCAGCCGUAUUCUUGCCUCUCCUACAUGGACAUUCUAACGGAUCCCAGUGUUAGAGGUUAUAUGAUUGGUGCAUCAAAUAUAUUAUUUAAACAAAAGAAGAAUUUAGCUGAUGUCAUCGUUGAGGUUGACGAAGGUAAAGUAGAAAUAGAAAAUGUAGAUCUCAAAAGGCACUUACAUUUAACAACGGAAGAUCUACGUUUCGCCGAUUACUUAGUAAGACAUGUUGUACAGCCAGAAAAAGAAGACGUUUUCCUCGAUGGUGUGGGUUGGGAAGGCGGUGACGAAUGGAUUAGAGCUCAGUUUAAAGCUUAUUUAUUAUCGUUGUUAAGAACUUCACUAUUAAGUGAAGGAGCUCCUGAACUGAAUCAUUUUAAUCCGUCAUUCAUGUCCGCUUGGCAACACACAAAAAGUUACCAAACGUGGUUGAAUCAAGACCACCAAGCGAUAAUGGCACUUGAACCUUGUCAUCCAUUUGCAGGCCAAUUGUCCGUAUCGGAUAUGAAGCUUAGAAUAUCACACACAAUGCAAAGUAGUGAAAGCGGUAGAAAGUUGAAUCAAGCCGUUCAGAAUACUAGCAGGGCUGUUGCGUCUACGGGCAAAGUAGUCGGCGGUGCUAUAUCACAAGCUAGAGGGGCCGUUACAAACUGGUGGAGUAACUUGACCACCACUCAAGAUUUAGAAAACGACAAAACAAAACCCCCCAUUCAAGACGUAUAAUUGUGGUUAAUUUCUGAUUAGUUCAUUGAUUGUAAUUACAUAUUUAUAUAAUUACUGAUCGAUAUAACUGCAUCAGUCAGUAAUUAAUAAAAUAUAUAUUUUUUAUGUAUACAAGUAUACUUAAAACUUUUUGGUAUUUGUAUAAUACCGACAACUUGCAUAUAUAAUAGACAAAAUCAGUAAACCUAAACAAUUUUACCAAACAAUUAAAUCUUUUAGUAAAUUACAAUAUUCUAAGAAAUAUAUCUUUUCAUUACUUUUAUUUUAUUAGUAAAAUAUAUUUUUUUUAAGAAGCUAUUCUUGUGAAUAAAAACCGUUUGCAUUCGAAUGGUGCUAUGGAACUCAUUUCUAUUUAAUUCAAUUUUUUUUUUUAAUUGAAUGUAUAGUUUUCAACUGUAUACUUUAUCUUAUUUUUUAUUUUUUAACUGUAUGUAUCAGUGCCUAUUUUAUAAAGUAUAAUAAUGAUAACAAUUGAUAUUUUUAAUUAAUUUAAACUAAUAUCUUGCCAAUAGGUCAUAGCAUCAAUAUAAUACAUACCUACCUACUUAAUAAAUAAAAAUAAUUUUAUUUAAAUAAUUAUAUUUACUUUUUCCUAUUUGAAUACAUACAAUUAUUUUAGAUAAAUAAUUUC